UUCCCUGUUGUUUUUUAGCAUCUGUUUCCUGUUCUCAAUUAACACAGCCCAUUCAAUUUUGGAAAAAUGUCGUUCGCGUGGAGAACCGCCGGUAUGAACUACCUCCAGUACAGCAGCAUUGCUGCCCGUGCCCUGCGUCGCACCGUCAAGGCCGAGCUCCAGACCGAGAUCGCCAAGCGCGAGGGCAUGUCCCUCAAGUACGCAAAGUGGGAGAGCGGCAAGGCCGGUGUUCUGGUAAGGAUCGCAGCUUAGGCGCACAGUCGUGCUUGGGCAAACGCAGCAGAUGAACCUGUCUUCUAUGUGCAUACAACUAACAGCAGCCUCCCUGAGUGUAGGACAACGUCCCCAUCGUCGAGACCCGUCCCAAGGUCGAGAACUAAAUUGCCUCUUCUAGAGUUUUUUCGCCUCGAUAAAUGUCACCUCUUU